GCACCUACUCAGGAGCCUAAAAACCAGAGACCAGUCCAGAGAGCUUUCUGUUAGAAUAACUGUUUAUAUUAUAUGAACUCGAUUUUUCUUAUUUUUUUCAAAAAAUGGAAUUUAUAAUCGAAGAAGGAAAGCAGCUUCAUGAAGAUUGCUCCACUCUAAUUAUGCCUGCUUUAUCGAUUGGAAAUGUGGGGCAGCUAGCUUUGGAUCUCUUAGUAUCGUCAACAAAAGCGCAGAGGAUUGGGCACUUGGACGAUCCCUACGUUCUUCCUUGUGUUGGUAAUGACGCCUAUGGGCCAAUUCCUUGUGGUGAACUUGCUCUACCUCUUGAAGCUUAUGAUUCACCUGCUAAUGCAAUUACUCUUGUCCAACAACGAUCACCUGUUGUUCAGGGGAUGAUGCUCCAAUUUGCUAAAAACUUGGCAAAUUUUGCUGCUGCUAGUGGAACGAAGCACAUUGUUUUGCUUUCUGGCUUAGACUUUGGCAGAUGGCAAGGAAUUGAUACGUCAAGUGUUUUGCAGACAUAUUACCUAUCUAGUACCAAUAGUGACGGAUCAGAUGAUUAUUGUGAAAAACUUGGGUGGAAGAGACUGCAGGAAUACAACCCUGCUCAGAGGUCUUGGAAAUAUCUUAGUGCUUUGGCCGAAGGAAAUGCUACGGGAGAAAACAGAUUGCCUUUCGAAGAUGAACUAGAAGAAGAGGAUUACUAUCCAAGUUUGCCUUUUGCUGCUCUCUUUUCUUGUUUUAAGGCAAAAGGUUUGAAAGUUACAUGCUUAUUAUGUUACUGCUCUGAAGGAGAUAACAUACCUGAUGCUUUUCAUUUGGCUGAGGCGGCAUGCAAACUCUUGGGGCUGAGUCCAGAUAAUUUCCAUGGUGAUGAAGGUAAAUGGCUUAUCCCAUUUUCAUGGAAGACCGUGUACGGACCACCCCCAGAUAUGUCUAUCUUUUAAGCCUCUGAUUAACUAAACAACGGAAGGUAAUAUUAAUGACAUGCCUAGUGUUCUUCUCAGUUAGUGAGUUUCUUUUUUUUUUUUUUUUUAAAUCAAUUGUCAGUUAUUUUAAUCUCCCUUUUGGUUCAGUUUACCCCUUAGAUUUGCAAUUCAUGGGUGAUUGGCCUAAAAA